CAACACGCUGUAUGCACAGCUGGGACUGCAUGAGAGGCGUUCAUGGUCAAAGUGUUCCAGCAGCCUGCAGCAGCUGGUAUCUUCUCACCUGCACACAGAUCAUAUCGGCUCAUCUGAGGCCAAACUAGAACACGUCAUCCCAAACAGGAUCCUUGGAGUCUGGAGAGGAUAUAAGGCGGGCCGACUGGACCUCUGCACCUUUGUGAAGACGUGUGAACUGAACAAUGAGGGCUGUUGGUUUGCUGCUGCUGCUGCUGGCUCUGUGUGGGUCAGGAGCUCAGGGGGAGCUUCAGGAGACGGAGACCACAAAGACAACCACACCUGACAUCUGGGCGGAGGUGAGGGCUCUGAGAGACAUGGUGGUGGAGCUCAAGGUGGAGCUGAGGAACGUUCAGGCCGCAGUGACGGACAGUGAGAGCCAGGUGGAGGAACUGAAAGCUGAGCUGAUGGUCACCAACGUGUACGUGGAGCUGCUGCAGAGAGAGAACUCAGAGCUGCAGACCAGACUGAGCAGCAGUGAGAGUGAACUUCUCAUCAGCAAGACCAGGAUCGAGACGCUGGAGAGAGAAAAUACAGAGAGGAAGGUGGCCUUUUACACAGGUCUGACUAAUUCAGGACAUGUUGGACCAUUCAACACAGACAUCACACUGAAAUACAGCAGAGUCUUCACCAACAUCGGCGAUGCUUACAAUCCAUCUACAGGUUUCUUCACAGCUCCAGUCAGAGGGGUCUACUACUUCCAGUUCACUAUGAGUGGUCACCAAGCAGGUCUCAUGGGUGUACAGGUGUACAAGAACAACCAGUGGAUCAUGUGGAAUGGGGAGAAUAAGGAAGAGGGAGGUCAUGAAUACAUGACUAACUCUGUUGUCUUGGAGCUGAUGGCAGGAGAUGAAAUCCACCUCGUUCUCCCAUCAGGCUAUUCUCUCUUUGACGAUUCAUACAACCACAACAGCUUCAGUGGCUCCCUCCUCUUCACACUGUGAGGAUCCUUCAGCUGCUGUCUGACUCCUUAUUGGCUACACCAGGGGCACACAGCAAAACCAGGAGUGUUAAUUCAACUCACAGUUUAAUACAGAGUGUUAAAUGUAACACUUUUUCUGAGUUUAUAUAGUUCUCAGGGAUUCUGAGUUAAUCAUCAUAGCUUACUAAAGUCUACGGCCUGGUGCCUAAACUUCUACAUUUUGCCAACUUCAUGUCAUGUUUUGUGUUUCCCUUUCAAUUCUAAAACUCCUGAGACAUUUCUUUGGUUCUUGCUACAUUCUGACAAAAUCGUAUUAAUAAAUGCUCAUUAGGCCCUAUUAGUAAUAAUGGUAGUCUAAUUUAGACUUAGUAGGCUGUUUUAUCUUCAUUGUAAGGUCUAAAAUAAGG